ACUGGUGUUAGCUCGAACGUUCUAGCGUGUUGCCUCAGUGAUCGUUCAUAAGAGGAGUUCGCGGAUCUGUCAGUCAUCAUCGAGCGUGCACACUGAUACAGGAGAGCGUCGACACUUUAAACGGUACUAUGGCCGGAGAACAACGAGGCAGAAGAUAUCCUCAGAACCUUCAGGGAGUCCUGCAGUUGGCAGUGGAAGCAGGAUCAGGCGCUGAAGGACCUGCUCCUAUUCAGCCCAUGUCAGAAGAGAGGAAAGAAUGGCUGCGAGAAGCUUUGGCAGACAUGUGCAAAGGGCAAAUGGAUGAGGUGCAGCAGAUGAAGAAGUGUUUGGCUGUCCUGUCUGUGGAAGAAAGUGAUGAAAGGGAGGGAGUGGAGGAGAGAGAGGAAGAUGAUGAGGAUGAGCGGGAAUCAGCAUUUGAGGUUCUCUCAGAGUUAUGUGAGAACCUGGACAAUGCCCGAGAUCUGAUGACUCUGGGAGGGCUGGACUUGUGUGUCUUGCGGUACCUGUGUCAUGUCCAAAGUGGGUUGAGGUGGCGUGCAGCUGAACUUGUUGCUUCCUGCGCUCAAAACAUGCCACAAGUCCAGGUACACCUGCUGAACCUCGGCGUGCUACCUAAGCUGCUGCAUCUCACAGACUCGGACUCCAAUCCCACCGUCAGAGUCAAAGCCUUAUAUGCCAUCUCAUGUCUGGUUCGGGAGAUGGAAGCAGGACUGCAGGCGUUCCUGUCGAACGACGGCUUCUCUGUGCUGAUGAGAGGGAUGCAGUCUGAAAACGAGAAGCUCCGGACCAAGUCUGCUUUCCUUCUACUAAACCUGCUCACCUCACAUCCGGAACAGAAAGAUGCAGUUGUCUCCAUGGGAAUGGUGCAGCAGCUGGUCUCAGUGCUGCGGACCCCCCACUCAGCUUUCCAUGAACACGUGCUUGGUGCCCUUAACUGUCUUGUACAGGACUGUCCGCAGGGACUUGCAGAUUGUAGAGACCCCUCUCUGGGCCUGGAGGACUUGCUCAGACAACGUGCCCGGGAACUCCGAGGAAAAGAGGAGAGUCAGGAAGAACUGGACUUCUGUGAGCAGUUGAGAACAAUGUGUUUCGGUGGACAGACGUCAGACGACAACGGAAUGGACCGUUGACACUCACUAGUGUCGUUUCCUGUUUACAUGUAACAGAACAUUCUGGAUCCAGGAUGUGACACUUGUCUGUUACUGAUGCUUGGACUGUCAUCCAGUAGCUGGAUUUUUACCUCUGUAAAUAACUGUGUUGUGAAAGAUCCUGAUCAAGUGUGAUGUUGUUAAAGAGUCCUGAGAAUCAGACUACUCUGUAUUUUAGCGUUGUGUAUGAAACGUACUGAAGAAAAUUAAACUCACACUCAUGACAGAGGAGAUUGAGGAGAUUAUUUUGUGUAAUCGUUCAGCAUCAACUCUGGCAUGUCUAUAUAUAAAUUGAAAAUGAUUAAACUGAUAAAAUAUACAGAACUUUUUUUUUUUUUUUUUAAAUAAAUAUUGAUUUUGACGAUUUAUUCUCUUGUUGUGAUGCAUUGCAACAACAUGGAAAAUCUUACAAAUUGAAAGAUAUGAGUUGAAAGUAAAAAAACCUUUUUUUCUCUUAACUUACUCUAUUUUUGUCAAACCUCUUCCUCAAUUUCAAUUUCAUUAUGCUUGUGUUUUUAAUCCUUUAUACAUUUAAGUCUUCCGACUGAAUUUAUUCACAAUUAUUAUGUAUUCGCCAUCUAUCAUGGUUUUUGUGUCAGGGUGGAAACAACAGUCAGUGGACCAGCUGAUUUAGCCGAGUUACUGUUGACCUGCUUCCUCAGAGUAUCAGCACCUUCACUUGAGGAUGCCACCACAGACCUGUGACUUUACCUGAUUCAGGUGGUCUGUCUGUUACUCAUUUGGAUUCAAACACCCAUGUUCAAGCAACUGUUAUGGCGACUCAACCGCCAAAUUAUUUCGACAUUGUGUACCUUAAGUCAUGACAGAGGUGUCAAUCUACUGCUUGUAAAUUGAUUAAA